UUUUGUAACUAUAAAUAUUUAAUUAAUUAAAUAUUUAAUUAAUAACGUAUUAACAAAGCUUUUUGCGGCAUGUCCAUCCCUACAAUCGAGAGUUUGCUCUCUGUUUAACUACGUAAUCGAUAGGAAACUUGCCGAGCAGUGUAGCUCUACAAAAACAUGUUAUCAUUUUGUCAAUGACAUUUCACUACAAUCUGUACGUGCGUUUUAAAAGUGUACACAAGUUUCUGUUUGAUUUGAAGGGUUGACGUGUUUUAUUUUCAUGAAUUUAAAACUUCAGCAGCUUACUCCUAUGGCCACUAAAUUCUUUUAUUUUGGUUUCGGUAGCAAUAUGCUAGCCAGUCGGAUUCAUAUACAAAAUCCAACUGCAAAGAGGAUUGGUGUCGGUAAAUUAGAGAACUUUCGGUUAGACUUUCACACUGGAUCGAAGAAUUGGCUAGGCGCUCCCGCUACAAUUGUACCCACCAAAGGAUCACAUGUGUUCGGAGCCGUUUGGGAGAUUGAUAUGUGCAACCUAAAGGAUUUAGACGAUCAGGAGAGUGUGCCAGAUGGCGUGUAUAUUCCGAUUAGUGUUCCCGUUCACCUGUUGAACACUGAUUCAAGCAUUACCUGCCGUGCCUAUCACUUGACAAAUCAGCCUCAAACAGACCUCCAUGCUGGAGGUGGCCAGGAAAUUAUUCCACUCGAUCGACAGCCUUCGCAAACGUACCUCAAAGUAUUGGUGAAAGGAGCUACGGAAUCCGGAGUCCCAGAGGACUACAUCGAAUGGCUGAGAGGGAUCAAGCACAAUGGCAAACAAGUGCCAACCAUGGAGGCAAAACUUGAAUUGGAUAAAGUGCAACUUAGUUGAUCAGAAGCGCUUUGUGUUUUCUUACGGUAAAAUGUAUUAAAAUAAAAAC